UUGAGUUGUUGAGUCACUACCCUGGCUGGUCUGCUGGAGGAGAUGAAGCAGAAAACAACAGCGGCAUCCUUGGUUGUGUAGCUUAGCAGUAUAUUUAAUAACGGGAGAGACCAAAAAGGAAACCCACAAUUACUUUGCCAAAAUGAUGGAAGAAAUUGAUAGGUUCCAGGUGCCAACUGUGGUCCACUCAGAGAUGCAGCCUCUGGACCCUACAGCCACAUCCAUCUCCGAAGGGAACUGUGAUACUAGAGAUGGGGAGACAGUGACAAUGAAUUAUAAACCUUCUCCACUUCAAAUGAAAAUAGAGAAGCAGCGAGAACUGGCUAGAAAAGGAUCUCUAAAGAAUGGAAAUGUGGGCAGUCCUGUCAAUCAGCAACCCAAGAAGAACAAUGUCAUGGCUAGAACACGGUUGGUCGUCCCAAAUAAGGGUUAUUCAUCACUAGAUCAGAGCCCUGACGAGAAGCCUUUGGUAGCCCUGGACACCGACAGUGAUGAUGAUUUCGACAUGUCCAGAUACUCUUCGUCAGGCUACUCUUCUGCAGAGCAAAUCAACCAGGAUUUGAACAUUCAGCUGUUGAAGGAUGGCUAUCGUUUAGAUGAGAUACCAGAUGAUGAAGACCUUGACCUGAUUCCCCCUAAAUCUGUGAAUCCCACUUGCAUGUGCUGCCAGGCCACGUCUUCCACUACAUGCCACAUCCAAUAAUGAAGACAGCGGCGUGAUCAGUGCUUCACUAUACCUGUAUAACUAACAGCCAUUGCUUCCUCCUGUGGUAGGACACACACAUCUUUGUGUUCAUGAAGCCAGGAGAAACCAAGAGCAUCUACUUUGUGGCUUUGGGGAGGUGGGUGGGGGAAUUAUAACCAGUCACUGAGGAGGCAACGCUACUACAGGGUUAGAGAAGAUGCUGAUGUAAUUGUGACCCACCUGGUGAAAAGGUCAGCCGAGAUUGCAAUGGCAACUGCAUUGAUCUGCCUGAUGAAAGAAAAUAGCUGGGUUGCUAUGAUGAGCAUCUGUACCAUAUUUCAAGCCCUGUACUUGAGAUGAGGGACACUGUUAAACUAAUCUCAUCCUUUCAAGAUUUUUUCAAUGUCCUGGAGUCUCCAUUAACCACAUCUGUAUGACUGCCAAUGCUUCUGUUUUAAUGUCACUUCCUUAACACUAGAAUUGUUUCAGUAAAAUGACAGGAUCCCAAUUCAAGAACUUUGCUAUGUGUAACAUUCAGGCACAGUUCAGUUUAUAUUUCAUGUGUUUGCUCCCUCAUCUGCCACCAAAUUUUUUUUUUAAUUAGUAAAGCUCAGACGCAUGAAAGUAACAGCACAGUCCUUUAAAUUCAGCUUAGCAAAUGGAGGAGACAGCAACAAAAGUGCAGAUAAAAUUGGAUGAGAUAAGCAGAUGCAGAUUUCGAAACAUUCUUUUGAAGUUGCUGUUUACAGUAAGGAAAUUCAUAUGAAACUACUGAAAAGUAUGAAACAUAAACAGAACUGUGUCUAAAUAUCACAUUAUGCAAAGAUGCCUGUAUUAUGUUUAAAACUGUGUUAUGCUUCACUGUUGUUUACAUGCUAGGGCACAUAGCACAAAUCAGUGAAAUAGCUUUAGCUGUUUAAUUUGUAAGAAUUAAAUGUUAAUAAGAAAUCUUUCUGUAAAAACCAAACUUAGAGAAAAACAAUUAUGUGUGUAAUAAACUGAACCACCAGAUUAUUUAAGAAGGUGCUCAUUUUGAGACCUUUGAGUAAGUGUUUGUUUGCAGUAUCCUUUCUAAAAAAGUCGCACUGUGUCUCAAAAUGAACACUAUAGAGUAUGGUUCAAAUUCCCACUGUGUAUUUUUGUGUUGUGUCAAGAGCUUCCAUAAGCGAAUAUUUUAUGUGGAUUGUUGGACAUGGCAUUGUUACUGUGGCCAUAUACAGCAACCUAUUUUAUUUGUGUGUACUCCAUUCUUAUAAAUCAUUUUGCCUGUUACUGCCUUCAACUCACUGCAGUACUCUUACAUGCUUUCCAUCUCCAAAAUCGUUAACUCUGUAAUGCCCUGUUCAUAUUUUAUCAUUCAGACUAAUUGAAAGUACACUCCACUUGCAAAAAGGAAAGUCCAGAUAGUUUGCUGUAAAACACUUGCUUCUGUAAGAAUUCUGCUGACCAUCUGUCAUCAGAUCUGUGAAAACAUUGUUGAGACUGGAACUGUUGCAUCAUGUCAGAGCUAAGGGAGCAACUGUUUUAUUGACCUAAUAAGUAGCAUUUUGCUCGUAUUAAUACUAUUGCUUAGAUCAUCAGUCUGCUCCAGGGAGCAAGCUGCUGUUCAUUUAAGAAGGCAAAGCAGAGAGCAACUCAUUCAGAGUCAGAGCAACUCAUUCAGAGUCAAAGGUUGUAACUUCCUAACAGUGAAAUUAAUUUUAAUGGAACGGGAAUAUUUAAGCAAUAAAAUGUAAGUGACCCAG